UUCAACUCUAAGCAAAUAACAGGGUGAGGGAUUCAGUGUCUCACAGGGUGCACAACUCAGUGGCCUUGGUUUCAGGAGCCUGGAUCUGGCACACAUUGGCAGCUCUUCCUACCACAGCAGAGAACACACCGAUCUCACAUUGCUGUCCGAGUGAGUCGGGAUGCCAGGUCCGGAAAUGCCCCUGGUGUGUCUGACUGACUUUCAGGCACAAGCCCGGGAGCAGCUGCCGAAGUCGUCCUGGGAUUUUAUUGAAGGAGCUGCGGAUGAAGGCAUCACCAUGCAAGACAACAUAGCAGCAUUUAAAAAAAUCCGUCUCCGUCCCAGGUACCUGAGAGAUGUGUCAGAGGUGGACACCAGGACCACCAUCCAGGGGGAAGAGAUCAGCGCCCCCAUUUGCAUCUCACCCACAGCCUUCCACUGUAUCGCCUGGCAUGAUGGAGAAGUGAGCACAGCCCGAGCCGCCCAGGCAGCCAACAUCUGCUAUGUCACCAGCACCUACUCCAGCCACACUAUGGAAGACAUUGUGGCUGCUGCUCCCAGAGGACUACGGUGGUUCCAACUCUCUGUGCAAUCAGACUGGCAGCUGAACAGACAGCUGGUCCAGAGGGCAGAAUCUCUAGGCUUCAAAGCUUUGGUGGUCACUGUGGAUAGCCCCAUCCUUGGCAAAAGGCGCCAAGACCUGAGAAACCAAAUACAUUUGAGGGGGAACUUAACGCCAAAGAAUUUCCAAUCUCCUGAUAAGACAAACCCUAAGUCUUCCGCUCUGCUGACGUCCAUGAGCACACGCUUCUGCUGGGAUCAAAUCCUUUGGCUUCAGAAUAUCACUCGACUACCCAUCAUCCUUAAAGGGAUCCUGACAAGAGAGGAUGCGGAGUUAGCAGUGGAGCACAAGGUCCAAGGCAUCUUUGUUUCCAAUCACGGAGGGAGGCAGCUUGAUGAAGUUCCUGCUUCAAUUGACGCCCUGGCAGAAGUGGCAGCCGCUGUCAAAGGGAGAGUGGAAGUAUACCUGGACGGUGGAGUUCGAACUGGCAACGAUGUGUUGAAAGCCCUGGCCCUUGGGGCUAAGUGCAUUUUUCUUGGGAGGCCGAUCCUGUGGGGCCUUGCCUGCAAGGGUGAAAAAGGUGUUGCAGAAGUUUUGAAUAUUUUAAAAGAUGAGUUCCACACGUCUAUGGCCCUUACAGGCUGCCGAUCAGUUGCUGAGAUCAACCGGGACCUGAUUCAGCUCUCCAAGUUGUAAGAAAUCCACAAUAUGAUACAUGAUGCUGGCCUGCUGAACCCCAUCCUAUCAAGAGCACAGUCCCUGCACCCUUCACUCUCUACAUCCUAUGCCAGCCGCUCUCCCAACGCUCGCUGUCCUCAGUGCACCCCUUCUUUCUGGCCUUGCUUCCUUGUGUAUGAUUUGUCUUGCCUAAAGCUCUACUCCAAAAUAAAAGAUCACAAAAAGUUCACAGAA